UUUCAUGGCAGCCUACAGAGUAGCCACGCUUGUUUGUUAAUCUUCUAUUUUUUUCCCAUUAUAUUCAAGACAUAUCGGAUCAAUCGUUACAAAACAUGUCGGGACGUAAAAGCAACAAACUACCAAACAACUUGCCGCAGCUUCAGAAUCUCAUAAAGAGAGACCCGCCGUCUUAUGUCCAGGAGUUCACGCAGCAGUAUGAACACUAUCGAUCAAAUGUGCGGAUCUUCAGGCUGCAGCCUGACAAACCCAACAAGGAGCUGGCGGAGCUGGUCAUGUUUCUGUCUCAGGUUGCUCACUGUUACAAGCAGCAGCUACGUACAUUUCCUCAGGAGAUGUCUGAGUUGUUGAUGAGCUACCACACAGUCCUGGCGCCAGAGCUGCGGAUGACCUUCUGCAAAGCGCUGAUUCUCCUGAGGAACAAGGAUUUGAUCGACCCCACCAGCCUCCUGGAGCUUUUCUUUGAGCUGCUGCGAUGCCAUGACAAACUGCUCAGGAAGACGCUGUACACUCACAUUGUGGCAGACAUCAAGAACAUUAAUGCAAAACACAAGAACAACAAGGUCAACACGGUGUUGCAGAACUUCAUGUAUACGAUGCUGAGAGACAGUAAUCCCGUAGCUGGAAAGAUCUCUUUAGAUGUGAUGGUGGAGCUUUACAAUCGCAACAUAUGGAAUGACGCCAAAACAGUGAAUGUCAUUACAACAGCAUGCUUCUCCAAAGUUACCAAGAUUCUUGUCGCAGGCCUUAAGUUUUUCCUGGGCAAAGAUGAAGACGACAAAAACGAUAGUGACUCGGAGUCGGAGAAUGAGGGACCAUCAAUACGAGAUCUGAGGGUGAGGUUCAACACCGGGAAGAAAACUUCCAAAAACAAGAAGAAGCAUGAAAAGGCUAUGAAAGUCCUCAAGAAACACAAGAAAAAGAAGAAGGCAGAGGUUUUCAAUUUUUCUGCAAUUCACCUCAUUCAUGAUCCUCAAGAUUUCUCAGAGAAACUCUUGAAGCAGCUGGAGGACUCUAAGGAGCGUUUUGAGGUUAAGAUCAUGCUGAUGGAGCUCAUAUCCCGCCUGGUUGGCAUUCACGAGCUCUUCCUCUUCAAUUUCUACCCUUUCAUCCAGCGGUUUAUUCAGCCUCAUCAGAGAGAGGUGACAAAGAUUCUCCUGUGCAGCGCUCAGGGUUCCCACCAACUGGUCCCACCUGAGAUCAUUGAACCUGUGAUCAUGACCAUCGCCAACAACUUUGUGACGGACAGGAACUCUGGAGAGGUCAUGACUGUUGGUAUCAAUGCAAUUAAGGAGAUAACAGCACGUUGUCCACUGGCCCUCACUGAAGACCUGCUGCAGGACUUGGCCCAGUACAAGACCCAUAAAGACAAAAAUGUGAUGAUGUCUGCCAGAGGGCUGAUUCAGCUGUUCAGGAAUCUCAAUCCACGGAUGCUGCACAAAAGAGACAGGGGUAGACCCACGGAGGCAUCAACAGAGGCUAGAAUCAAAGGCUAUGGUGAGCUGGAGGCGAGAGAUUACAUCCCCGGGGCUGAAGUCCUGGAAGUGGAGGAGGAGAAGAAAGAUGAGGAAGACGAUGAAGGUGGCUGGGAGAGUGCUAGCAUUAGUGAUGACGACGAGGAUGGGGAAUGGGUGGAUGUCCACCACUCAUCCGACGAAGAUACAGGAGAAGUGGUGGAGAAACUUGAGAAAAUACCACCAGAAGAAAGAAAAGCCAAGGCAGCGGCGGUCAGCGGCAGCAGGCUCCUCACUCAAGAGGACUUCAAGAAAAUCCGUCUGGUUCAAAUGGCCAAGGAGGUCAACGCUGCUCCAGGAAAGGGCGCGAAGAGGAAAACCGUUGACAGUGACAACGAGGAUGACAAAGGGGAGCUGGUGACGCUGAGAAACAUCGAGAAACUUCACAAGAAACCCAAAGCAGAUAAGGAAUCACGACUGGCGACAGCGAUGGCGGGACGCACCGACAGGAAAGAUUUCAUCAAGAGGCAUUCCAAGCUGAACCCCCACGCCAGCACCAGCAACAAGGAGAAGAGGAGGAAGAAGAACUUCAUGAUGAUGAAACACAGUGAGAACGUCAGGUCUAAAGGGAAACGUUCCUUCAGAGAGAAACAGCUUGCAUUACGGGACGCCCUCCUGAAAAAGAAGAAGCAGUACAAAUAGGACACGCGUGUGCCUCGUCCUGGAUGUCAGACUGCCGUCACAACUACAAACUUUGACUAUGUCAAAAAUAUUUAGCAUCCAUUAAGUGACCUGUAAAACUUUUGCAUGUUAAUGGAUUUAAACAAAUUUCUUUGUAAGCAAGUGAACUGUAUACAUUUACGUUGUUUUGAAAUAAAUUUUUAAUAUUUGUGCAA